CAAGCAUGCAAAGCGCUGGAGCUGCAGUCGUGCACGCCGCACAGCUCUGGUCGUAGUGCAACACGGUAACUGGUAGCUCUGGUAGUGGCCAGUGCACUGCUGCGGAAGCGCUCACUGGCACUGGCACCUGCAUCAUGGCUGCACUCCGGCUCCUGCUCUGCACCGCACUCCAGACGUGCGUCGCGCUGUCGGCGCGCGCUGCGUGUCGCCCCUGCGCCCCGCAAGCAGAACCGCUCAAAUGGAUUAUUGUGGGAGGCGGUCCCCACGGCGUGCACAUCGCGACGGCGCUGCUGCAACAGGUGCCCGGUGUCACCACCUGUGUGGAAAUUAAAAUUUUACGGCGCGUUCGUGCUGAAUCAUCGCGUCGUCCUCCACGCCAUCGACGCGACGCCUGCUCGAUGGCGUGGCGAUGCCGGUGCACCCGACUCACUGGUUGAUUUCCACACAGGUCACCACCGCCAAUUUGCGCAUCGUCGACGAUAACCCAGAACUCCUCCACGCCUGGAAGACGCGCACGCGGGACGUCGGCAUGACUCAUUUACGGUCCUCCGCCUCGAACCACCUCGACGUCCGCGAGGACGCGCUCAAGAAAUACGCGGAAAGCAGCUGGUAUCGACGUGGCCGACACGUCUUCAUUAAAUACGCAUCUAUUGUCGGACGGGACGCGCAUCUCCGACGAACGGCGGUUGCAGGCGGACGCCGCGGCUGCUGAUGAACCGAUGGCUUCGGACGCCUCGCGGCGCUUGCUCGAUUUCGCGCCGCACGAGCCGCGGAACGGUUUGUUGUUUCCGCCGGCCUACGAGGCUGUGAAUGCAAAGCCGGUGGUCAAGGCGAUCCAGCGCGCGAACACACGCGCUUCAAGGAGGAGCCGCGGGCGCGCGCAAAUACGACGGGCAGCUACCCGGACCUGUCCUCCGUGUCGUCGGAGACGACGUCGCCGGGCGACGAGGGGCUGGUACCCAUGACGCCUAGAAUUAUGCCAGGAGCUGGUGAUGAAUCGCCGCUGAUGACGUGGGGCGCCGUCGCGGCGACGCCGCGGCGAAUAUUGGAGAGAGACGACCGGCGCCAGGAGCUAGGCCGCGCCCUCGACGCGCGCGCCAAGCGGCGGCGGACGGCGCCGCCGGCGCCCUCGCCGCUGCGGGUGGCGCUGGA